AUUCUGUAAUUGUCGUAAUUGUCUUUGGUUCGAACGUCACAUAUAAGAGUUUCAAAUUUUUACAUUUUUUCACUGCACAUGUUACCGUUUUUGUGAAGCAUGGCUUUGGAAUAUUUGGAAGCCUAUUGGGAACGAUUUCUAGGCAUCGUAGAGCCUCAUUUGCCUGAAUAUUUACACUGGAAUGAAAUAUGUUGGACAUUUGUCUUUUAUCUUGCCGAAGCCAGGAGACACAUACACCGGUGGUGUCGUGGCUUGGAUUCCUGGGAGAUUGUGGUAAACACUGUACUUGUUUGUCUGGGUGUCUGGUUUACUGUUGAGAUAUUACGCUGGUUAUAUUCCUGGAUAUUUUGUCAAGAUGAAAGUUUUUUAACAAGAGUCAAAAAAGGUUUUUUCAAAAAUGUUCGCCGUAUUCCCAUCAUAAAGGAUAAGAUAAAUGCAGAAUUGGAAAAGACAAAGGGAGAGAUGCGCCAAGCCCUGACAAGCGGUGAUUCUGGUAGCUAUUACACUAAGCUUCCAAAUAAAGGAAUGGGCCAAGAGGCCUUGAUGAAGGAAAUAGACAAAUAUGAGAAGUUGGGCAAAAUUGACUGGAACGCGGGCAAAGUAUCUGGUACGGUUUAUCAUGGCGGGAAGGAACUGACUGAUAUUUUGACAGAGGCAUACAAACGUUUCACAUGGGCAAAUCCACUUCAUCCCGAUGUUUUCCCAGGAGUUCGUAAAAUGGAGGCAGAGAUCGUUCAAAUGUGCGUGGAAAUGUUUAACGGCGGCCCUGACGCUUGUGGCACGACCACCAGUGGUGGAACAGAGAGCAUUCUUUUAGCUUGCAAGACAUACCGCGAUUGGGCCAAGGAGGAAAAGGGAAUAACUAAACCAGAAAUCGUUGCUCCUGUCUCCGUUCACGCUGCAUUUGAGAAAGCUGCAGCUUAUUUUAAAAUGAAACUCAUUUUGGUUCCAGUGGAUGAAAAAACACGAAAGGGUGAUGUCCGAGCAAUGAGACGAGCUAUCACAAAGAAUACAGUUUUAUUGGUUGGUUCAUGUCCAUCCUUUCCUCACGGCAUUAUUGAUUCUAUAGAGGAAAUUGCUAAGCUCGGUAAAAAAUACAACACUGGUGUUCAUGUCGAUUGCUGUUUAGGCGGGUUUCUUGUCCCGUUCAUGAAAGAAGCAGGUUUUCCGUUGUCGCCCUUUGAUUUCUCAGUGGAUGGCGUGACCAGUAUUUCUGCCGACACUCACAAGUACGGUUACGCUCCCAAAGGAUCAUCGGUCAUUCUGUAUCGUUCGCAAGAAUUACGUCAUCACCAGUUUUUCGUUUCGACCGAUUGGACCGGCGGCAUCUACGCGUGUCCCACAAUCCCUGGCAGUCGUUCUGGCGGGGUUAUCGCCGGAUGUUGGACGGCUAUGAUGUACAUGGGUCAGAAAGGUUAUGUUGACUGUACCAAGAAGAUUAUUGAAACACGUCAAUAUAUCGAGGAAGGAAUUCGCAAAAUCAACGGCGUCUUUGUUUUUGGAGAACCUGAGGUAUCUGUGGUCGGCAUUGGAUCAAACGAUUUUGAUGUAUUUGCUCUGGGUAACGAGCUCACCGAUAAAGGAUGGAAUCUGAACUCAUUACAAUUCCCCUCCGGCAUUCAUUUGUGCGUGACGAUGCCUGUCACCCAACCCGGAGUCGCCGAUGAGUUUAUUAAAGAUGUCAAAGAAGCCGCCGAAAAGAUAUUAAAGAGCCCGAAAAAGAAAACGACUGGAGGGGGAGCUAUUUAUGGCAUGGCGCAGCAGAUUCCAGACCGUUCUAUGGUUGCCGAAUUGGCUUGCAGUUUUAUUGAUAACCUGUAUGCGACGGAGAAACCACCGCAGCUCAUUAAAAAUGGACACGCCAAGCAGUAGAGUAUAUUGUAUAUUUCCAAUCAUCUCCCAGUUUUAAUAUAUAUAAUGAACUAUUUCUAAGUCCAAGAGUCGCAUUUUAAGAAGAAUAUCUUGUUAGGAAUCAUGACGAACCUCAGCAGUAGCGUGCAGGUUUUGAAAAAAGUUGCUCAAUUGGAAUAAUUGUUAAAAAAAAUUUAUUUUAUUUUCUAUUAAAUGGUCUAAAUUAAAGUGUAAUAGUUUUUACUUACACGUCUUUCUGUGAAUAAAAUUGUCAUGCAAGAAAAUGGCUCUGAUUAGACGAUGACAUGCUCACUCCCAAGGAUCUAGAGCAAUCGAUUUUCAGAAAU